AUGCAUUUUACAAUAAAAGACGUACACGAUAAUUGGAAAAUAAUUACGGUGUGUUUCAUUGUCGCUAUUGUAUUUAUUAUAUUUUGGAAAAGGGAGCCGAAUGAUAGAUGUGUACUAAGCGAAGCUUAUCCAUCUCAUGGUCCAGGAUGUAAUAUAAAAUGUUCAAAUGGAUAUGAAUAUUCAAGUUUAACGUUUUAUAAUGUAACAACAAAUUGGCCAAGUGAGUUAGUGACAAAUAUGUACAAAGCAACAAAUAUUUUAGAAAAAUAUGGAAAACCAGUAUCGAUCGCCACAAAAAAUCAGCACAGCUGGCUUCAUGUAACACUGCAUUACUAUUGUUGCUAUUCUAAACAAGAAUUAGUUCGUAUCGAACAAUUUCUUGACAAUUAUAAAUGGACUACACAAGAAAUUGUUUUUGAUAGAAUGAUUUGUGCCAUAAGCCAUGUAGAUAAAAUAUCGAUUGUUCUUAUGGCUGAUGCGAAAAGUCAAUAUAAUUUAUUAAAAUUAGCAACAGAUAUAGAAAACGAAAUGAAAACUAAAAUGAAUAUUCCUAUUCGAAUUUCUAGAAGUAAACUACAAAAAAUUCAUAUGACUUUAGGAGUGGUAUCUCGAACAACAUUUCCUGCAUGGACAGCAGUUAAGGUAAGAAAUAAAGAAAUUCCACCUAAUACAUGGCACAACCAAACAAUUUUUCUCACGAAGCCGCCUAUUCGUUGA